UUUUUUUGCCGCAACUUCAUCUUGAUAGGGAUCAUAAUGGAUGGAAGGUCCUUAAUCCAACUUCUCCACAUCUCUAUUGGGUUUGUGCUAUUUGCAUUGAAUUCUGAAGCACUGCGAAAUGAAAGGGAGAGACAAGCUCUCCUCCAGUUUAAGCAAGAGCUCACUGAUAACUAUGGCCUUCUCUCUUCUUGGGUCACCGAUGAAGCCAACAGCAGCCACUGCAAUUGGAAAGGAGUCCACUGUAGCAACCAAACUGGUAAAGUAAUUCAGCUCCAACUUGCAGCACCCUUUGUCCCUGGACUUGGGUACCAGUCAUUGAAAGGUAAGAUUAGUCCUUCACUGAUGGAAUUGCAGUGCUUGAAUCGCUUGGACCUCAGCCACAAUUUCUUCAAUUUCACCCCUAUUCCUGACUUCAUUGGCUCACUCAGCAAUCUCACAUAUCUCAAUCUCUCCUUUGCUUGCCUCAGUGGACCUAUUCCUCACGAGCUUGGAAAUCUUUCAAGCCUGCUUUAUCUUGAUCUCAGUUGGAACAGUUAUAAAAAUGUAGGGAACCUUGAAUGGCUUUCUCACCUUACUCUCUUAAGACACCUUGACCUCAGUGGUGUUAACCUCAGUGAAGCCACUUAUUGGCAGCAAACUAUCACAAAGCCACCUAUGCUAACAGAACUACACCUGCGCCAGUGUAAUCUUCCUCUGACCGUUCUUGAUUCACUUAAUUCUUCGGCAUCCCUCGCUGUCCUUGAUCUCUAUGGCAACCAUCUCAAUUCUUCAAUAUACCAAUGGCUGUUCAACUUCAGUGUGUCUUUUUGA